GAGUGACAGAAGAAGAAGAAGAAGAAGAAGAAGAAGAAGAAGAAGAAGACCUCGUCCUGCUGUGGAACGGCGCGUGUGCUGCCAGGUGUGUGUCUGCCAGGUGUGUUUGCAGUCAGAGCGAGUUCAGGGAUGAAGAGAGGCAAGAAGGCAGCGGAGGAGGUGGCGGACGGGGAGAAUGACGCCGACUCCGGCUCGGCAAAGAAAGCCAAGAAGGCGAAGGAGCCCGAGGCCCCGGUUUUGUACGAGGACCCUCCUGACAAGAUGACCAGCAAAGACGGACGCGCCGCCAACAUGAAGAUCACCUCGUGGAACGUGGACGGCCUGAGGGCCUGGGUGAAGAAGAGCGGCCUGGAUUGGGUCCGCGAGGAGGCGCCGGAUGUUCUGUGCCUGCAGGAGACGAAGUGUGGAGAGAAAUCGCUGCCGGCCGACAUCACCUCCAUGCCAGAGUACCCUCACAAGUACUGGGCGGCGUCCGGCGAGAAGGAGGGUUACAGCGGCACGGCCAUGCUGUGCAAGACGGAGCCGCUCAGCGUCGCCUACGGCAUCGGCAAAGAAGAGCACGACAAGGAGGGCCGCGUCAUCACCGCCGAGUUCCCCGCCUUCUACCUGGUCACCGCCUACGUGCCCAACUCCGGCCGCGGCCUCGUGCGCCUCGACUACCGCAAAACCUGGGACGUGGACUUCCGGGCGUACCUGAGCGAGCUGGACAUGCAGAAGCCCGUGGUGCUGUGCGGCGACCUGAACGUGGCGCACCGGGAGAUCGACCUGAAGAACCCCAAGGGCAACAAGAAGAGCGCCGGCUUCACCCCGGAGGAGCGCGAGGGCCUGGGCCAGCUGCUGGAGGCCGGCUUCGCCGACAGCUUCCGCGAGCUGUACCCGGAGCGGGCCAACGCCUACACCUUCUGGACCUACAUGAUGAACUCCCGCGCCAAGAACGUGGGCUGGAGGCUGGACUACUUCAUCCUGUCGGCCAGCCUGCUGCCGGGCCUGUGCGACAACAAGAUCCGCAACAAGGCGCUGGGCAGCGACCACUGCCCCAUCACGCUGCACCUCGCCGUGUAGCCGGAGCCACGCCCCCGAGCUAGUUUGUCUUGUACUUUUCUAUUUUUCCACUUUUCAAAUGAAACUUCCAUUAGACGAGCACACAUCGUGACGCCGUUCAUCCAGUUCUCAGUGUUCGACGUCUCAUGCAAUUUUUCAACAAUGACCCUGAACUGGCUGUUUGUACUCCUGAUCGGAGGAGAGCUGCCGUGUGUGUGUGUGACUGUCUAGGUUUAUAAUAAAUAAUAACAUGUAAGAAUUUCA